AUGGGCAAAAAACGCGCGCGCGCUCCUGCACCUCCUGAUCUUAAUUCUGAAUACCAGAAGCUCUUAAAAGCUUCUCAACAUGAGCGAAUACAGCUAGCAUUCGAAUGGCUCUUCGAAAACCCUUCCGAAACACCUCUUACUGCGAGUCGCAUUCAUAUGAUAGAGAAGCCUGAUACUUUAAAGCGAAGAUGGAAUAAGUAUCAAGCUAAACAAGCUCGAUUGAAAGAGGGGAAAGCGCUACAAGUAGGGAGGCCUAUGGUUUUAUUAGCAGCACAGCACAAAGCUGUUUUGAUCUACGCCGCAGAUCAAGCAACUAAAGGAGGGAAAGGAGCUACUAAGCAACUCCAUGCUAUACGGACCAAACCAAUCGCAUCUCAUCGCGUCGAUAUGCAUACCGAGAAAUCUCUUUCUAACUGGUUCCAUACCGAGCUUGUUCCUGCUAUCCAGUUCUGCGGAAUUGGGCCUAAAGAUAAGCAUAGAAUCGCAAAUAUGGAUGAGAAAGGCGCGCGGAUUUGUAUGCCGGCCGGAGAAGAAGUUAUCGUACCUAUCGGAAUCAAAGAGAUGUAUACAGGAAUCUAUGAAAAUCGACUAUCCGUAACUGUGAUCGAAGCUAUUCUUGCCGAUGGAAAAGCUAUUCCUCUAAUGAUUAUUGUGCCCGGAAAGCAAAUUAUAGCGUCUUGGUUUUCCGAAAAGAUGACUAGACAUGAAGUUGUCACUGUUUCCGAAUCCGGUUAUACGAACGAUAGGAUUACUAUAGAGUGGCUUAAGCACUUUAUUAAGCAUACCGAUCAAGGACCCGAUAAACCGUGGAUGAUAUUAUUACUUGAUGGUACCGAGACUUGGUUGUUACGAGGAAGCCUUGAUCAAGCAGAACUCGAUAAAAAUCAAAAGCUUCAGCGCGAUACACAUCGGAAAAAGCUGAUUGGAAGGUCGAGUUUGCAAACGGGAGGGAAUAUACUAGCUUCUAAAGCACUCGAAAAAGUCAAGGCUAUAGAGAUAAAAAAGCAAGAAGCUAGUCUUAAGAUAGCGAACGCUAAACUCAAGUCAGCAACGAUUAAAAUUCGAAACGAUCGUUAUAAUCAAGGAGUUCUUGAUCGGAAAGCCGAAAAAGAGCGAAAGAAAUGGUUGAACGAAGCGUAUAAGCAACAAGGUCGAGGGAUUCUUAUACACAUUCCACCCGAACGAGAAGUCCCUAUUCGAGACCGCGAAAAGCAACUUACAGCAGAAGAAUUAGAAGCUGAUAAUAUUGAUCUGAUUUCUUUUCGAGACGCAAUUGCAAACGAAGAAGCUGCGUUAAAAGAAGUUCAAGAAAGAGAUCUUGCUACAUUCGCGGACCCUUCACAAAACCCAUUAUCUUGCAUUCAAAUUAGCGAUGACGACGAAGAUGAAAGAUUAAAUACUUUACCUUCGUCUCCUUUAGCAAAAAUGAUGCUUACUGGGUGGGAAGAGCCUGAAAAAGAGCUUGAAGAGAAAGAAGAUUCGAUGUCGAUUCGAUCUAAAUAUUUCUUGAGAGAAGGAAAAGGACCAUCCUACUCUGCAACUCCAACACAACUGCCCACCAUGGUCAAGAGAAAAGUAGGCGCACUUGAUAAGGUGGAAGCUGAUCUGUCGAGUCUCCAGUACAAAAUCAAGAGAGAUCCAAAAUCCUACCAUAGCGAUUUCAGGAAUCAGUUCGAACAAUAUGUAUCCCAGCGUGAUAUCUUCCUGGUUUCUCCGAGGAGCGCCCUCUCCAGCGGUAUCGUCUCGUUCCACGACUUGAUUGACUUCAUUGCCCACGUCGCAGAAUGUUUUCCCGAAGAUACUGCCGAAUUUCCAGAAGAUCUGAAAAAGAUGCUCACAUUGCAUCAUGCAGAACUCGACAGCGAAUUGCGGGAGAAGAUCGUUGGCAGCUUGGUCUUGUUGCGCCGGAAAGACAUCAUCGACUCAUCUAACCUUCUCAAUACCUUGUUUCCCAUUCUGGUUUCCACACCCAGCAAAACCCUGCGUACCCUGCUGUUUCAGAGAAUUAUAUCUGAUCUGCGAACCUCGAACUCGAAAUCCACAAACCACCGUCUCAAUCGCACGAUUCAGACCGCUCUUCACAAUCUCCUCACAUCUGACCGCACAUCACAGAAGGGUAUCUGGGCCGUCAAGAUUACCAGAGAGCUUUGGAAGCGCCAAAUAUGGACCGAUUCGAAGGCUGUCGAGAUUAUGAAGGAAGCUGCUCUGGCGGAAAAUGCGAAGGUAAUUGGAGGCGGUGUUCGAUUCUUCCUUGGAGGCGACAAGGAGCGCGAAGACCAGCUCGAGGACGACAGCAGCGACGACGAAAAGGCAAUUGACAUUGGGAAGAUGAAGCAUUCGGCUGGCGUCAACAAGAAGAGCCGGAAAGUGAAGAAGUCCUUGGAGGAAGCUGUGAAGAAGGUCAAAAAGAUCGAGAAGAAGAAGAACCAGCCACAUCCCCUCAAUUUCUCCGCUCUACAUCUCCUCCAUGAUCCGCAGGGCUUUGCCGAAACCCUUUUCUCUAAGCAUCUCCAGAACUCGAAAUCGAAGCUUAAUCUGGAGCAGAAGCUACUUGUGCUACAGCUUGUUUGCCGACUGGUAGGUCUGCACAAAUUGACCGUUAUUUCUCUAUACUCCUAUUUCAUCAAAUACCUCACCCCUCGACAACCGUCCGUCACAUCCUUCAUGGCGUCUUUGGCACAAGCAACGCACGAUUUAGUACCGCCCGAUGCGCUGGAGCCUCUUGUCCAGAAGAUCGCCAACGAGUUCGUGUCUGAAGCCUCUGCGUCGGAAGUCGCAUCCGCUGGAUUGAACGCCAUCCGGGAAAUCUGUGUCCGACAACCGCUAGCGAUGAACGAUACACUUCUGCAGGAUUUGGUCAUGUACAGGAAGAGCAAGGAUAAGGGAACAAUGAUGGCUGCGAAGGGACUUUUGUCGUUGUACCGAGAGGUUGGUGCUGAUCUCUUGAAAAAGAGAGACAGAGGAAAGCAGGCUACUAUGGGCAUCAAGAGCGGCUCGAUCACAGAGAGAAGAUUUGGAGAGCAGGAAGUUGGUGGUAUCGAAGGUCUCGAGCUUCUAGAAGAGUGGAAGAGGAACGAGAGGAAGCGCAAACGCGAGGAGGCUGGUCUACCGGAACUUGGGACGGACGAGGAAGACGAUAGCGAUGACGAAGAAGAAGAGGCCAAGGGAUGGGAAAAUUGGGAUGCCGAGUCCGAUGAUAGUGAUGAUUCUGGCGGGUGGAACAACGUCGAAAGCGAUGUCGAGAUUGAAAUCAGCGACAGCGAAGACGACAACCCCAAUCCGAAGAAACAGAAGCUUGACAAGAAGGUUGCCGAAAACGAGGAGAAGGAUAAUGCCGAGAAAGUGCUUGAGAAGAAGAUCUCGAAGCUUGCGACGACGAAGAUUCUUACCCCUGCCGAUCUCGCGAAACUGCAAGAGCUACGCCUGGAGGCCGGCCUUGACAAGGCUAUGGGCAAGAACAAGACACAUGCCGAACGACUGAAGCAGAUUGCCGCACGUCAUGCGGACGAUGCUCUGACAGCCGAUCAAAUCGAAGGAUUCUCGAAGCUGCGCAAGAGUACGAAGGAGGAGAUGAUUGCCCUGGCGAGGGAAGGCAAGGGCGAGAGAGGCGAGCACAAGAGUACCCAGGCUCUCAGGCGGCAGAAGAAAGAUAUAGAAGGCAAGAGUUCGACGAAUAAGGAGAAAGCGCGGAAGAAGAAUUUCAUGAUGACUCUAGGCAAGGCGAAGUAUAAGCAGAAGAGGAGCUUGGUACAGACGAAGCGGGUGCUGCAGGGUCAUAUUGAGCGGAAUAAAAGAGGAGGUAAGAGGGGAAAUAUCGGAAUGUAG